CCGCCGGCCCGACCGCUGAGAGCUGCUGUCAUGGCGGCCGCUCUCUGGAGCUGCUUCUCCGUCUUGCUCCUCCUGUUCCCAGGGGAGGUCCAGAGUUCCGAGGGGCCCGGAACUCCUGCCGAGGGAUUGGGAGGAAGCGGGGCCGGGGCCGGAGACCGCUUCAAGAUUGAGGGGCGUGCGGUGGUUCCCGGGGUGAAGCCCCAGGACUGGAUCUCGGCGGCCCGAGUCCUCGUCGAUGGCGAAGAGCACGUCGGCUUCCUGAAGACAGAUGGGAGUUUUGUGGUUCAUGACAUACCUUCUGGAUCUUAUGUCGUGGAAGUUAUAUCUCCAGCUUACAGGUUUGACCCCGUCAGAGUGGAUAUAACUUCAAAAGGAAAAAUGAGAGCAAGAUAUGUGAAUUACAUCAAAACCUCAGAAGUGGUCAGACUACCCUAUCCUCUCCAAAUGAAAUCUUCAGGUCCACCUUCUUACUUUAUUAAAAGGGAAUCAUGGGGCUGGACAGACUUUCUGAUGAACCCAAUGGUUUUGAUGAUGGUUCUCCCAUUAUUGAUAUUUGUGCUUCUCCCCAAAGUGGUCAACACAAGUGAUCCUGAAAUGAGACGGGAGAUGGAGCAGUCAAUGAAUAUGCUGAAUUCCAACCACGAAUUGCCUGAUGUUUCUGAAUUCAUGACAAGGCUCUUCUCUUCAAAGUCAUCUGGCAAGUCUAGCAGUGGCAGCAGUAAAGCAGGCAAAAGUGGAGCUGGCAAAAGGAGGUAGUCGGGCCGUCCAGAGCUGGCGUUUGCACAAACCCGGCAACUUUGGGUGGCGUCCAAGUUGAGGGGAAACCGUGUGAAGCAACUGCUGUAAACUUGACUCAGCCUGAAAGUUGAUCUCCUGAAACUGUGUGUGUGAUAACUUUUGGAGCGCACGUUUUGUACUAGGCACACAAGAAAAUCCAGCUUUCAGCCUGUGUCUGUAGAGGUCAAUAUGGAUGUCACUGAAUUAAUUACAGUGUCUAUAGGAAAUGACAUUAAUAAAUUAUAUGAAGUACUAUA